AUGGCUGCAUCCUGGUGUGCCCUUCGGGGUACCCGCCAGCUUGCGCUGCGGACGCGAUUGCGUACCCCGGCGUCGAUUGCCCUUCGCAAGGCCUCUCCAUCCGCCCCAGUCCUGGCCACUCGCCGGUAUCUGAACACCACCACACAAACAACACCUGCCGCGCGGCGAGCGGUUUACACCAGCUCCGUGGCCGACCAUGGCGUGCCUCAUCCUCAGGAUCUCUUCCAGCCCCUCGAUACCUUCCCCCGCCGUCACAUUGGCCCCUCCCCCGAGGCGGCUCAGGAGAUGCUGGCCGCUCUGGAUCCCCCCGUGCAAUCGCUGGACGAGUUCGUGAAACAGGUGCUUCCCGCCGAUAUUCUGUCCAAGAAGGACUUGUCGGUGACUCCUCCCCGCGCCAACAUCAAUCUGCCGGUCUCCAGUGUACACGGAGGCUUAGGAGAAACGGACAUGCUGAAGCUGCUCGAGACCUACCGCAAACAGAUCGAUGUGUCGGGAAAGACAUACUUGGGAACGGGCUACUACCCCACCAUUGUCCCUCCGGUCAUCCUCCGCAACAUUCUGGAGAACCCCGCUUGGUAUACCAGCUACACUCCCUACCAGCCGGAGAUCAGCCAGGGUCGUUUGGAGUCGCUCUUGAACUUCCAGACCCUUACAGCUGAUCUGACUGGCUUGCCGUUCGCCAAUGCCUCCGUCCUGGAUGAGGCCACCGCUGCUGCCGAGGCCAUGACCAUGUCUCUGGCGACGAUGCCCAUGGCCAAGCAAAAGAAGGCCGGCAAGUCGUACGUGGUUUCCGACCUUUGCCAUCCUCAGACCAUUGCCGUGAUGCGCUCUCGCGCUGAGGGCUUCGGGAUCAACCUGGUGGUCGGCGACAUCAUGGCCAAUGACUUUGAAUUGGUGAAGAAGCAGGGUGAUAGUCUCAUCGGUGUCCUGGCGCAAUACCCGGACACCGAGGGCGGCGUCUACGAUUUCCAGUCGUUGAGCGACACCAUCCAUACCGCUGGCGGUACUUUCAGCGUCGCUACCGACCUGCUUGCAUUGACCCUUCUCAAGGCCCCUGGAGAAUUUGGUGCGGAUAUCGCUUUCGGUAGCGCCCAGAGAUUCGGUGUCCCCAUGGGCUUCGGUGGCCCGCAUGCCGCUUUCUUCGCCUGUGCCGACAAGUACAAGCGCAAGGUCCCCGGCCGUGUCGUCGGUGUGUCCAAGGACCGACUGGGUAACCGGGCCCUCCGACUGGCUCUACAGACCCGUGAGCAGCACAUUCGUCGUGAGAAGGCCACCAGCAACAUCUGCACAGCGCAGGCUUUGCUCGCCAACAUGAGCGCCAUGUAUGCGGUGUACCACGGUCCCGCUGGUCUCAAGGCCAUCGCUCAACGAGUCAUGUCCAUGACCUCGGCUCUGCAAGAGAAGCUGACCACCCUGGGCUACAACGUUCCCGUCAAGGGCGGUGUCGUCUUUGAUACAAUUACUGUGGAACUGGGCAGCAGUGAAGAGGCGGAUGCCUUGGUCGCCGCAUCUCGCAAGCAGAACAUUUUCUUGCGCCGCGUGUCACCUACCAAGGUCGGCGUGUCGCUCGAUGAGACCGUUGGCCGCGAGGAAAUCAAGUCUCUUCUCCAGGUGUUCGCCCAGCAGGCCGGCAAGGCCGAGGUCGAACUGAGCGAGAUUGGCGUCAAGUCUAUUCCCGCUAACUUGGAGCGCACCAGCGCCUACCUCACCCACCCGGUGUUCAACACCCACCACUCGGAGACCGAAAUGCUGCGGUACAUCCAUCACCUCGAGUCUAAGGAUCUCUCCCUGGCUCACUCGAUGAUCCCUCUCGGUUCCUGCACGAUGAAGCUGAACGCGACCACCGAGAUGAUCCCCAUCUCGUGGCCCGAGUUUUCCCAGAUCCACCCAUUCCUCCCCGCCGAUGUCGCCAAGGGCUACAUCCAGAUGAUUGACGACCUGGAGCAGCAGCUCGCCGACAUCACCGGCAUGGCCGAGAUCACCGUGCAGCCCAACUCUGGCGCGCAGGGUGAGUUCGCCGGUCUCCGCGUCAUCAAGAAGUACCUGGAGGCCAGCGGUGGUGAGAAGCGCAACAUCUGUCUGAUCCCCGUUUCGGCGCACGGCACCAACCCCGCCAGUGCCGCCAUGGCUGGUAUGCGCGUGGUCACGAUCAAGUGCGACACCAAGACGGGCAACCUGGAUCUGGCUGAUCUCAAGGCCAAGUGUGAGAAGCACCAGGACGAACUCGCCGCCAUCAUGAUCACCUACCCCAGCACCUUCGGUGUGUACGAGCCUGGCGUCAAGGAGGCCUGCGAGAUUGUGCACCAGCACGGCGGCCAGGUCUACAUGGACGGUGCCAACAUGAACGCCCAGAUCGGCCUCUGCUCCCCCGGCGAGAUCGGCGCGGACGUGUGCCAUCUGAACCUGCACAAGACCUUCUGCAUUCCCCACGGUGGUGGUGGUCCCGGUGUGGGCCCCAUCGGUGUCGCAGAGCACCUGCGUCCUUUCCUCCCAUCUCACCCUGCCAGCGAGCACCUCCAGGCUAAGCGCGGGGAGACCUCGUCGCCGCCCAUCAGCGCCGCCCCCUGGGGCAGCGCCAGCAUCCUCCCCAUCACGUUCAACUAUAUUAACAUGAUGGGCGCCAAGGGCCUGACGCAUGCCACCAAGAUCACCCUGCUGAACGCCAAUUACAUCCUUUCCCGCCUCAAGCCGCACUACCCCAUCCUAUACACCAACGACAACGAUCGCUGCGCGCACGAGUUCAUUCUCGACGUGCGCAAGUUCAAGGACACCUGCGGCGUCGAGGCGAUCGACAUCGCCAAGCGUCUGCAGGACUACGGAUUCCACGCGCCAACCAUGUCGUGGCCCGUAGCCAACACGCUGAUGAUUGAGCCCACCGAGUCGGAGAACAAGGCGGAGCUGGACCGGUUCUGCGACGCCCUGAUCUCCAUCCGCCAGGAGAUCGCGGCCGUCGAGAGCGGCGAGCAGCCGCGCGAGAACAACGUGCUCAAGAACGCGCCGCACACGCAGCGGGAUCUGCUCUCCAGCGAAUGGGAGCGCCCCUACACCCGGGAGACUGCAGCGUAUCCCCUGCCGUGGCUUCUGGAGAAGAAGUUCUGGCCUUCGGUAACGAGAGUUGAUGAUGCAUAUGGUGACCAGAACCUGUUCUGCACCUGCGGACCUGUGGAGGAGACGGAUUAA